AAUAAUAUUUAACUACAGAGUACGUCGGGUCGAAAUCAAGUCGCACAUCCGAUUCUAACCGAGUACCAAAGCCAAGUGAAAAGUGAUUAGAUUAGUCAAUACGAGCGCUAAGCUGAAAUUCUGCCGAUUGAAACAUGGAUAAAGAAAACCAAACUGUUUAUUGCUGCAAAAAACCCGCUUUAACAGAAUGUGGCACCAAAUCGCAGACUGGUUUCUCCAAAAACUGCUGCGAAGCUAAAAAAUGUUGCGCUACUGGAAAAUGUUGUUCCGUAACUGAGGACAGUACUUGCAAAGACCGUCAAUGUAAGGACUGCAAAUGUUGCAAGAAAGCCGAAGAUUCUUGCGAAAAUUGCCAAUGUUGUACUGAUUGUUGCUGCAAAGCUAAAAGCUGUUGCUCCACUGGAAAAUGUUGUUACGUAAGUGAGGAGGGUACUUGCAAAGACUGUCAAUGUAAGAAAUGCAAAUGUUGCAAGAAAGCCGAAGAUUCUUGCCAAGAUUGCCAAUGUUGUACUGAUUGUUGCUGCAAAGCUAAAAGCUCUUGCUCUAAUGAAAAAUGUUGUUCCGUGACUGAGGAUGGUACUUGCAACGACUGUAAAUGUAAGGACUGCAAAUGUUGCAAGAAAGUCAAAGAUUCUUGCGAAGAUUGCCUGUGUUGUACUGAUUGUUGCUGCGAAGCUAAAAGCUGUUGCUCUACUGGACAAUGUUGUUCCGUAACCGAGGACGGUACUUGCAAAGGCUGUAAAUGUAAGGACUGCAAAUGUUGCAAGAAAGUCACAGAUUCUUGUGAAGAUUGCUUGUUGCUGCAAAGCUAAAAGCUGUUGCUCUACCGGGCAAUGUUGUUCCGUAACUGGGAGCGGUACUUGCAAAGACUGUAAAUGUUUUAUAAAAAUUGAAACCCCUUCUUGUAAGAAAACUUCAUGUGAUAAAAUAAUAUUUUGUGAGAUUACUGAAAGAUCAUCAAAACAAUUUUCAUAUUGUUGCCAACUUUUAAUAGUAACCUCUUAAUUCUUACACACAUUAAAAAAAGUCUUAUAAUAUUACUACUCUAAAAUAUUAUAUUUAAAUAACAUUAAA